GGCUUUUCCCAGUGAUACUGAACGUACCAUCAAGUCAAGCCCAAAUGGGAAGUUCUCUGUUUUUCGCUACACAGUUUGACUCAGCUGCUCUGCUGCUGACCGGCUGGAUUAUUUUACUCAAACUUUUCAUGUUAUUAAUUCUUCCAGCAAACAGAAAACCCCAGUUUUAAUGUUUUGGUGAUGUAUUAUCGUCUGUUUCUACUCGCCGCUCUGCUGCCAAGUUGUUCCGGAGAAUCCUCGGUGGAUGAUCCAGCGGAGAUGGUCCUGGCCUUUGCUGGCGGCGUUGUCCUUCUGCCGUGCAACUUCAGCAUCCCCGCCAGCGCCGACGUUCCGACAGUGGAGUGGUCCAAGCAAGGCCUGCAUCCCUACGUGGUCUUCUUGUACCGGGGUGGCUACGAGAUUAAUGAGGAGAAGCAUCCGGCCUUCUGGUACAGGACGAGCCUCAUCGCAAAAGAGCAGAAGAACGGAAACUUCUCGUUAAGGAUCGCCAACGUGCGGCCGUCCGAUGCAGGGAAGUACCGAUGCAAGAGGCUGUGGAGCGACGGCCCCCGCGACGUUACAGCAGUGGAGCUUGAUGUGGUUGCCGUUUCUGAGCCAAAACUCUCGGUGACGUCAGCUGAGGGCGGAGGCGUGACUCUGCAGUGUGAGGCCAACUGCUGGCUGCCGGAGCCGCAGAUCAACUUUCUGGAUGAACAGGGAAAAUACAUUAAUGCCGAAGAACCCAAAAGAGAUGAUGAAGAUGCCCGCGGGUGUUUCACUGUGACACGAAGAGUGACUCUCCAGGACGCUGCUGCCAACAGGGUCACCUGCAGAGUUCACCAGCCGGAGACCAACCAGACCAGGGAAACGCAGAUUUUCAUACCAGUUGACGGAGGGCGGUCCUGCUUUCUGACGGCUGCCACCUCUGUCGGAGUGACCGUUUUACUUCUGUCGGCUCCAUUAUGUGGGUUAGCUGUCUGUCUGUGGAAGAGAUGUGGAAAAUCUGAGGGACAAAAAUUCCCAGUGAAAAGAAAGUUGUCGGACCAAAGCACAACAAGUGGCAGCUCUGAGAAUCACUCGCUGCUGCACUGCGUCGUGGUAGAGAAGGCCGACUGCGUCGUUGAGAAGCUGACAAUAGAGGACCUCAAGACCAAGCUUCGUGAGAAAGAAGAUACAAUCCGUCAGCUACAGAGCGAAAACAAAUCUCAUCUAAGUUCGGUUGUUUGCCAGCCCGACCAGCCGAUGCUCCUCCACAGUCAUGCAGAUUUCGCCGACAGCAGUCCUCCAGAAUCUGACCGCGUACCGCAGAAAAAGACACCAAAGCCUGGCAUUAUGCUGCAGAACAGUGAUCCGUCGCCCGACCCCCAGGUCUACAGGUUCCGUCGGAGGAACAGCAGCCCGGCUCUUUUGAACUUCUUGACCAGUUCUUCUGCAGUCAGCGCUUCGAAGAUGAAGUUCUCCAGCAUCGGCCGUUCAAAGAGUGAAACUCGUGAACCGCCUCUUCCAUUCGCCAAGCCUCAGCGCCGACAUUCCUCGGUGUUUCCUCCGUCUAAUAACCGCUUCAAACUCCUGGCAGAUUUAACAGAAGAGCCAUAAUAAUGCCGUCCUUGCACCAAAAAGCUUUAAAGUGAUUCCAGUAUCAGCAGAACAGAAAAUUUGCAAACUUUCCCUUCAGUUACCAGCGAACGCUAGCGGUAGCUAGCUAGCUUGGUUACAUUUUUCAAAACGAGUAUAGUUGUAGUCUUCAAAUCUGUGAUCCUGCAACAUCCCCAGUCUUUACAUAUUAUGACAGUCUUCAACAUUAGAUGUGAGAUUAUUGUCUUUAGAUGUGAGAUGGUGUCAGACUUGAGUCUUUUCAAAGUCUGUUCUAAGUCUUCUAGUGUCUGGUAGGCAUUAAGAGCACUAAGGCUGGGUAUUGUUCCAAAAAAUGUGACACCGAUACCAAUACCGUGACUUUGCCACCAGUUCCUAAACGAUACCUUCUUUCGAUACCAAUUUUAUGA